AUUUACCUGGUGUCAUUCUGUACGUAAAAAGUGUUGAGUUGAGGAAGAAAAAUGUACGAACCCACGAGAAGUGGACAGCUACGAGAAAAAAGUUAUUUCAAAGUUUCAUAUUACUAAUCGCACCACUUCGAUCAAUAACGUCUCGCCAAAAUGCAGUUGCAUGUUGGUUGAGUAAAGUGACAGCCUAAUAUUACACUUAAUGCGUUGCAGAAUAAAAAAUAACUUUCGGAAGACAAUUGGGGAGAAAGCACAUCAGUUGCUCGCCGACAGUACUCUAAGCAAAACGCCUUCUAUGGAGGUGGGAUACGUACACCAUUAGAUAGUGAUACUCCAGGACUUUAGGUUUUUUUCAUAUUCAAUAUAAAUAAAAGGAUGGAAAUUAUAUCGAAACAUUUAGUAUAAAUACAUAAUUUCUUUGGGAAAUAGUGUAAUAGAUGUAUUGAAUAUAGAAGAAUAUCGUUGACGUGUUUAGAUGGUUCAUUAAUUUUUCAUCUAUUGACGAAUCUGAAAUUAUUCUUUGUCAUCUGUCUACUGGUCUCAGUGUCCUGCAAUGGUGAACAAAUUAAUCAAGAAAGACAAGAUCCAGAGGGACCAGGAGAAUAUAUUUUUGCAUGGACAUUAUCAACGUAAUAGGAUUCUUCUAAUAACACUUGGAAUCUGGCCAGAGUCUCCUUUAUGGUUAACAAUUACAACGCAAUGUCUUUUAGGUCUGUCGACGAUAACAAUACUGAUCCCACAGUAUGCGUUUUUAAUUCGAGUCUGCCAUAAUUUAGAGAGUCUAGUAACUGCAAUGGUAGAGCAACUGACUGUUGCCAUAGCAUAUAUUAAAUUCUACUACUGUGGAACAGGAAAGGAAUGGAUGCAAACAAUGAUAAAUUCCGUUAAAGAGGAUUGGGGCGAAGUGGAUGAUUCAUUAGUUGAAACUCUUCAUAUUUAUGCUAAAAAGGGCUACAUGCGAACCACUAUCUACAUGGCUACUCUCUACUCUAUAACAAUCAUUUACUGUGGAUCUCCUUUGAAGUCACCAAUUCUUGAUGUUCUCUAUCCUCUCAAUCAUUCGAGACCAAGAUUUUUUCCGUUACAAGUCGAUUACUCUAUUUACGGCAUCAAUGCGAAUGACUACUUUAUUACAGUUCUAAUGCAUUGCUUCAUAACUGUCAUGGUUGUAGUGCAUUUCCUAGUAACAAUCGAUACUUUUAUUUCAAUCAUGGUUCUACAUUGUUGCGGAGUAUUUGCAGUUGUUGGAGACAUGUUACAACAGAUUCAGGCAGAUUGCUCACCCCGGGAGCAAUAUGAAAUCCUAUGUAACGGGAUACGAAAACAUCGUCGAGCCAUAGCAUUGGCAGAAACCAUUGAAACAUCGUUUACAAUGAUGUAUGGGUUCGUAGUUUUUUUCACCAUGGUACUGAUGAGUUGUGGACUACUUCAAUUAAUAAUGAAAAUCGACCAGCCAACCGAGAUUAUGAGAGGAGGUUCAUUUGACCUUGCCUCAAUGCUCCACCUGUUUUUUAUAACUCUACAAGGUCAAGAAUUAUAUGAUCAUAGCAGUGAAUUAUUAGAAAAAAUUUUCAGUUGCAAUUGGCCGGGGAUGUCUUUGAAAGCGAAACAAUUGAUAUCGAUUAUGUUGAUGCGUAGCAUAAAACCAAUGCAGAUGACCGCUGCAAAAUUUUUUCCUCUCAAUAUCGAGAGUUUUGGGAAAGUCCUGAAAACGUCGUUUUCGGUCUUCACGAUGAUGUUAUCAAGUCGAUGAUUCUUUCACAUAACUCAAAUCCAAAUAGACUUUCUGACAUUCCACUCAACGAUUGGAUACGAAUAAAAAAGACGCAAAAUUAGUACUUCUUCACAAUCUUCGCAAAACUAUAUCUAUUGAAUAAAAUGCAAAUACGAGAGAUGAAAUGGAAUUCUUGCAUUUAUAUUACAUAAAUAGGGCCAUAGAUAGUUUUUCAUCGGUUUUCGUGACUACAUAAAAUAACGAAAUUAGUAGGAUUCACAUUCAGUACACACAGGGGAUCACUCAAUUAAUAU